GUUGGGUAUAUGUAGGGGGGUACAGAACAGCUGUUGCAUCAUCUACGUUGUAUAAAAAGGAACAAGCAAUAGAAGGCUCCCCGCGACGAACAUACAAUCGCCGGAGUCUUACAACAUACCGCAUAUAAAAAAUAACAUUUGACAGUCAAUCGGUUAUAAAACGCUCUCGCUUCAACAAUGAGCAACACCUCCACACCAUCAACCAAUUCUACAAACAGCAACCCACGGUCCGUUAUGUCUAACAUCAAUUGAACGAAAAUUUAAUGUAUCCUAGAGGACACCACCACGUUCUUUUUUAUACAAUCAACAAUGGUCGACUUAAUGCAGAAUUUGGAAUCGAACGAUCCCAAACUGGUGGAAGAUUCCAAGAGGUUAUUACACGAACAGUUUAGUUCAGUAAAAGAGCCAUGGUUAGUGUACGGUUUGUACGAUUUUUACCUCCAAUCAAAUUCGACUCGUUUAAUAGAAGUAUUGGUAGACUUGAAGGAGCCGCAUCACACUUUUCUAUUUGAUAAGCUAACAGAAUCAUUAAAAGGGACGAAAGACAGCAUUAAGUUUCAAGGAUUAACGUUGCUUGGUCAUGUAGUUCGUAGCCGGCCCACUUGGAUAUAUAAAAUAACGCAGCACUCCUUAAUGAAAGAUUUAUUGAGAUUAUUAAAGACUGAACCGGAUAUACUGAUCCUAUUAAGCGCCCUGAUGCCGUUAAUUGUACUUUUACCAAUAGUUCCAUCUUUAAUGGGAGAUUAUUUGCGAGAAGUGUUUGAUGUAUUUUGUCGAUUAGCAGGAUUAAAUUUUACUGAAUCAGCAAAAUUAAUAGAGGAUCAAAUGGUUCAUAUGCAAGUAGCUCUAUACGCUCUCUUCCUUCGACUGUAUGGGAUGUAUCCUUGCAAUUUCUUGGCGUACCUGAGGGAUCAACAUCGUAAUAAAAGCUUAACACCUAUAUUUACACAUACUAUAAAGCCCAUGUUAGAUACGGUAAGAAUGCAUCCACAUCUUGUAACAACAUCUAAACAAACAGAAACAUCAAUAGAAAGAUGGAAAACAAUGGGAGCUGAAGAUGUUAUAAUAGAGUGUGAAAAAUUUUCUUUGGAUUUACCAGAUAGAUGUUCCCAUGAAAGUUGUUUUAUGUCAUCGUUUAGAUCCAGAUCAAGUACUAAUUCAGCUACUCAUGAAUCAUCAAAUCAAUUGCAGAUGUUAAGAAAUAUUAACUCGAAUCAAUCGAUAAGUGAUAACAACUUCUUUAGUCCAAGUAUGAUUUUGCAUUGUUCUACACCUCCAGUUACUGAAAUUCCUAUUCCAUUUUCACAGAAUAUUCCAACGACAAUAAUUUCGUCAAUAUCCCAUAUGUCACAAGAAAGUUCUUCGCCUCCUGAAGCUGCGAUUGAAGCUACGCCUGAAACCACUCCUAUAAGAGAUACCAGAGUGGGGCAUAGAACACAUCCACAAAAUCCAUUGACAAUAAUAUCACACACAUUUACACAAAAAACAAAACUUCCUACUUCUUCUGGCCACAACACCCCUGCAAAUUCGCAACCGUCAUCACCAAUGAGAAAGGAAGGCGCUCAGUUUAAUUUUGACAAACACUCUUCUGCGUUUGGUCUACCAAGAAGAGAUCAACUAAUUGGAAACCGUUUACAAAAACUCGUUCAAGAACGUCAAGCUGGAACUGUUGAUUUGGAAUUACGUCGUCUUCCUCCAACAAGUCCGGUUAAAAUACCGUUAGAAAGUCACAAUUUCAAUACAAUAUCCAGCAUGGAAUCUGCUCCGUUUAGUCAAGAGGAUGAGGAGGUAUCUCAGAUUGUUAGGGAUGGGGGUUCUAAUGAUUAUCCAGGAUGGAGACAAUGUGAUAGUGUUGUUCAUGAAGUUGAAGAAAGAGCUGAUGAAAACCUUGAUAAUAAUUGUGAGCAAGAACAUGGAUCUCCAUGUACUGAAGGUGGAUUACAUAUGCCUAACUCAAAAUCAAUUAAUGAUUUUACAAAACGUAUUCAACGUCUUCGUUACAGCAGUCAAUGUGCUGAUGAUGCUGAAAAAUAUGAAUUAUCAACAGGAAGUAGUCCUGGAAAUGCGGUUUCAUAUCCAAACAAUCAAGUGAGAAGAACCAAUUCUUGUCCAGAAAUGAAAAAGAGUCCUGUUGUGCCUGCAAAUAAGGAUAAUAUCAAUAAAACUUUAAUAGAAACGGACGAAGACACCAAUGGGGAUUAUCAGGAUGGAAAACCUUCGUUAUCAAAUGGUUUGGAUGUAGACAAUGACAAAUUAAAGAAUAAAGUUACAUCAGAAACUCAAACGGAAUCCAUUUGGCCUAUGCCUUAUGAACAUUUAUUUUUGAGUAUAUUUCCCACAUUGGAAAGUAACGAAAUCAAGGCUAGUCCUGGUACACUUAUUACAAGACAUGAUAGGCCAAAUUCUUGUAAUACUUAUGAUAUUACUGAUAGAUAUAAUGAUAUUUGUAUAAAAACUUAUGAGAAAGAAUCAUUAGAAUACUUCAAGAACCAAAUAGAACUAUUAAAACAACAGCUUCACUUUGAAAAACAUCGUCGUGAAAUGCACGCUUGUAAAAAUAGAAGAUUAUUAGCGGAUGCAAAGAAUACAAGAGCUUUAGAGGAACAUAAAGCAGCUUUGAAAGACCAAGUUCAAAUAAAACAAAAAGAUAUUGAUAAUUUAACGGAAGAAAUGGAAGAUUUGAAACGAAAACACAUUAGUAAAGAAAAGGACGCGCAGUAUAACGUGACUUUUUGGGAACAAAAGUUUAAAUCUUUAUCACUGGUACAUUCUAAACUGAAGGAAGAACAUGAAGAAUUAGAGAAAAAAUUAAUUUCAACAAAAGAUCAAUUGAUCGCGAUCGAUUUAAAAUGGCAAAGCGCAGAAUCUGAUUUAAUUAGUACAAUGACUGAAGUAAAAAUAGCUAAAGAGCAAGCAGAAGCUGGUGAAAGAGGUCGCCUUGAAUUGGACCGUUUAAAUCGAGAACUUCUUUUAUUAGGUGAACUACAGUUGAAAUAUCAAGAAAGAAUGAACGACGCGGCAUUAUUAAAACGGUCAGAUGUUGAAUUGAUUAAACUUACCGAAGCUUACAAAUAUGAAAUACAAGGUUAUAAUAAUCAGUUAGAAACCAAACAAAACCAAUUGGACGCUUGCAAAGCUCGAAUAUUGGAUUUGGAACAUAAGGUACAAAGACAUGAUGAUACAACCAUUAGUCAUAAAAAGCAACUGAAUGAUGUUAAAGAGGCAUGUAACACCAAAAUAAAGGCUGUAGAAUCAAAAUAUCAGACACAAUUGGCAAUCAAUCGAGCUUUAGAAGAUAAAAUAGUUGAAUUAAGGUCGCAAAUAGAAGUGACGACCAAAAAAGUGAUAUCGCCCGAUACGAGCAGUUGUCAUGAAGUGAAUCCCUCAUUAAUGGACCAAACCAGCGCCGCGCAAGGAUUGAGCACUCACUCAUCGCCGCUUUCCGCAUCAUUAACAUCAUCGGAUGGUAGCUCAGCUUUUACAAGCGAACCGAAGGACCUGAAGAAUUUACAUAAAAUUGUGGAUCAAAAGGAUGAAAACAACGAAUAGAAACGACGCCGAAGUGAGAGCGUACAUUAAAAAAAAUAUAUAUAAAUAAUAUGGUAUUGAUUGAUACGUGUACCUAACAAAACCGUCAUUGUCGCUGGUGAACAACAAUCUAUGGUUUUAUUUGUUCAAUCAGCACAAAAUUUUAUAUAAAAAUAUAUGACAAUUUCGAUAUAAUAUUAUUUAAGCGAACUGCAGGAGAAAUUGGAAAUUUGUCAAAUUGAUUGUUAUUUCUAAAGAGACGAUAAAAACAAUUAUUGUUACAUUAUCUAUACUAAAAAUGAUUGAAAAAAAAUAAAUAAAUUUUUAUUAAAGUA